UCACAUGACCAUCCAGCAUGUUUCCAGGUCUGAUGAAGGCCUCUACAAGUGUGACAUCAGCGGUCAUGGAGAGUCUCCAUCCAGCUGGAUCACUGUCACAGGUGAGGCUUCAGAUUCUUUUACACAUUUUAGGUCCAAAGAGACUCAAACUGACCACAACGAUUUGUAUUUCUUAGUAGAUGCAGGUUCUCCCACCUCUCCUCCUCUAUCAGCCUCCACUACCUCCCUCUCCUCCUCGUUUUCCUCUCCUCCUCCUCAGCACUCCUCUGUUCCUCUCUCCAUGCUGGUCUCUGUUCCCUCCAUAAUUGGAGUGCUGCUGCUGUUGGUUUUACUGGUUGUACUGGUGAGACGAUGUGUAAAGAGAAAACCUGAAGAGAGAGAUCCUGCAGCAGGUGACACCUGCUUAUCAGGGAGAAAAGUAUCAGCAGAUGACUAUAAUGGGUCAAACAGGACAAGAGGUGCAACAAGUUUCCUACAAGAGAGAGAUCCUGCAGCAGCUGUCACUUACUCAUCAGUGAGAAAAACAACAGCAGAAGGCCAACAUGGAUCAAAGAUGAUGAGAGUCCGUGAUCCAGCUGCAGUUUAUUCAUCAGUGCACAGAACAGGUGACGUCAGCUAUGGAGAAAUCACCAUCAGGACAAACAGCAGACAGAGAGAUCUUCCACCAGAGUCAGCGGUCAUCUACUCCUCACUGAAGCUGACCCACACACCUUCACCACAGUGUAACCAGUCUGUGUAGUGUUGUCCAACUGGCUGCUAAACAGAUCCCUGCACUCCUCUCUAUAUUAUUUAUUAUUUAUUUAAGCAUGUGUGUGUUUACAGUCGUACAGCUGCACUGGAGCAGUUUGAAUGUAGAGCUCAGGAUGAAGUGCAAAGUGCUUUUUCUAAAAUAAAGUGCCUUAAAUAUAACACAGUCACUGAAUACACCUGUGAAACAUUUGAGAUUCAAAAAGGAAGCUUGUUUUCUUGCCUAAAGAAGAGUCAACAGACGUCAGUCUGCAUGUUUGUGCCUGAAAAGCUCAUCUUUGAAAACAGUUAAUAUCUGCAGUCUCAGAUAUUAACAGUGGAUUUUGGGUGUUAUUCUUGUUGUUAAUUAUGUUUUUGUUGUUACAGUGUCACUUUUGUUAUUGUUAUUACCAUGGCUGUUACUGUUACUGUUAAUGUUGUUGUUAUUAUUGCUACUAAAGUUGUUCUUAAUUUUUGUUAAUGUUGUUAAUUUUAUUACUUUGGUAGUUAAUGUUGUUACUGUUACCUACUCGAAUCAACUUGCAACGGUUCACCAGGUUUUUCCUUUAGGUAAAACUACCUGGUACCAGAUACUAAAAUAAUACCUGCUCAGCCAGGGUUCAUGUGACAUUGUCAGACUAUAUAUCUCAUAUUUGCUGGUCAACAGCGUUAUGAGAGUGUCUCUUUCACAAAAAUCAAAAGCGCCAUUUUGAAACCUGGUAAAGGGGAAAUGGCGACAAAAACCAGCACCGAAGCCCCCGAGUCUGACGAAAAGCCACAGACCAAUUCUCAGUUCAGUUUCAGUUUUAUUUGUCAUAUGCAAGUAAGCACAGGGUCUACAUUGCAAUGAAAUGUAUUUGACAAGCAGAAGACGAGUCACUCAGCAGUAUAGUACAAUAAAAAUAGUAAAAAACAAAAUAUUUAUAAAAUAUAGUGAAAAACAUAGUAAAAAAUGUUAACAAACUAAAUAUCGUAUAUAAGGGUUUUUAUUUUUAUACUAAUAAAAAUGAAGUGACCAGUGCAGAGUGUAGUAUGUACCUGUGAAACUGUAGGACAGCUUCUGUGUGCAGUGUUGUGGUUGUUGGUAAAAACUGUAGUCUUGUAGUCCGAGCAGACAGACUCCUGUAACUUCACCCAGAUGGUAACAAGGAGAACAGCUGACGUGCUGGGUGGCUGUGGUCUUUAAAGAGGCACCGUUGAAGAUAGAUGUCCUGAAUGGCAGGAAGACUCAUGCCAGUGAGGUCCUCACAAUUCUGUCAGUAAAACUAGUGUCUCCUCUGUUGAGCAAGGGUACAGUUUGUAAUGUAACACAAACCUCAUUCUGGUUCGGUGUAAGCAACAGAAAAACCUAUGAGAAUUUAGAAGAGAUGUGACAUUAGUAUAAUCCGGAUGCACUCAGAUUUCUUUCUCUUCUCCUCUUUUGACAGUUUUUCACCAUUUUUUUCAUUUGGCUCAGUCUCACUAUCGGUAGCAUGAGGUAGUGAUGGUGGGAUGAAGCCCCGUGAAUGUGUCAAAUCUUUCAGGCCAAUUGCUUCAACAAAAUGCAGAUCACACGAAGACACCCAACAGCACAUUUGGAAGUACAGCUGGUCAGCCCUGCUGUGAUAAUACAUGUGGGCUACAUAACAAUCGAUAUAUAAAUGUAACAAUGUAUCAAUUGUUAUAGGUUUUUAAUGUUUGAUCCUCAUGUGACUCUAUAACAAACUGAUCUUCACGGAUAAUAAAAAUAUCCUUAUGAUGAUAUUUUCUUAUACAUUUUGAAUUGAAAGAAUAAUAAGGCAGGUAGUGUUUUAUCAUCAUCCAGUGAGCACUGAACAUUUACAUUUAUAUAAUACCCUAAUUAUUUGACCAUUUCUGACUCCUGACACUUCCCUCUCUGAUCCACUUGUUACUCUGUACCCUGGUCUAAGGCCCAUGUCUGUAGCUCAGGUUGAUUUCUUUGAUAAUUCAGAAGCGUUCAGCUGCUCAGAUGACAGUCAUUACCUUAAAUCAGAGCUCUAACACAGUUUAAGUUUAUCACUGACUUUCUUAUUGACAUGUCCGGAUGAUCUCAGCUUCACUCUCUGCACUGUUUUCUCAUAUGUUCUGUCCUGUUGUAACUCUUCUGUAACGCUCACCGUUUGGCUCUCAGCUGUGGUGAUGAAGCUUUAUAUUGCACUCAGUGAUUUUGGCUGAAAAGAAAUGAGCUGAGUCAUCGAUCCCACUGCUGAACCUGAACCUUCAAGAGUCAUGGAAACACUAAGGAUAGUAUUUCACCGUGUGCACUGCAAACGUUUGCCUAAAUGUCUUACGCAAAUGAAAAUAUAUUUUGGUUCAAACUUUCAAAAACUGUUGUUCUUUCCGAUUCUUCCAGAGUCAGCAGAGCUGGAGGGGAUCAGUGCUACAGAUCAAAUCUGACUAUAAAGAAAAUCUAACACUGAAAAUAAACCAUGAUGUUGAUUGAUUGAAUCUUUAUUUUGAACAUGUUGAAAAAGUACAACAACAUGGAAAUAAAAAGAGACAAAUGUGUGAUGUUUCAGGUCUUACGACAAGCAGGAGCUGUCUGAGAACAAUAAAACAAAAACAGUAAUGAAAACAACAGUGACCAACAGCAGCAUAUGUAAUCUACAAUCAAGCAUUUAAAAGGAAUAAAAGUCUCAUUUGAUCAACUAGAAUUUCCUUUUGCUUCAGACAUGAACAGAUGCACAUCAGACUGUUUUCUUUGAAUCCUCUGUGAAUAAAUGUCUCUGGAUUUCUCCAUUUGUGUGUGAGCUGUUUGCUCUUUAACACUCCUUCAGCACGAUUACAGCAAGCGAAGUCAUCAAAGGUAAAUAUCCAUCUAUUAAUCCUCUUCCACUUAGCCUUAUGAGAGUCUUUAGGGGGGCUGGAGCCAAUCACAGCUACUAAUGCAAAUAUAUUUUAACAUAUUCAAAGCUACAGUUCACACUCAAAAUCAGAUAAAACAUUCGACAAUUUUCACAAUAUUAUUUA